AUGCCUUGGCUGCCAUGGCUCCAAGACUGCCCCGAAUAUGAUCAUGAAGUUGGGCUCGUCGACCUGAGCAUGUUUAUUCACAUGUGCAAAUUCCGUCACCUGCAGUCCAAGAUAACGUGCGCUUCAGCACAGCUCAAACCCGAAGAUUCCAAGCCAUUCAUCACAUCCAUGCUGGUUGAGAUUAAGGAUUGGGAAAGACAGUCGGAAGCUUUUGUCAGGGGAAAAGACGACGAAGAAGGGUAUUUCAGCUCAUUGUGGUUACGACGUGGCUGUGCUGUACUUGAAGUCCAACUGUAUAGCAUGUACGGCAUCGUCACCGCCACCGCCACCGCCGCGGAAAUGGUCGUAAGCCUCUUCAAUGCCUGUUGUGCCACCUGCCAUGCCUUUCGCAAGGUUCAGAAGAGUCAUCAGCUGGCUCCGCAGUGGAUUGAUACCAUUUUCGAGUUUCAAGCCGGUGUCACUCUCCUAUAUUUGAUUUGGAGCAAGAAUAUUGCUAGUCAAGACUGGCAGGCUGCUGAGCGCGCAGUGCGCGAUUGUCGGUCGACUCUCGUCAUUCUGGCCACAGUGGCGCCCGUGGUCGAAAGCUUCAUCAACUGUAUCGAUGCUUUGGUGACGAUGGUUUUUAACGAGACUCAAAACGUGCCUGACACGGCCGAGAGGAAGGCAGGGUCGGAGCAGGAGUUACAAGAAGCCAUGCAAAAGGCCAUCGAUGCCGGAGUCGCUCCUCACAUUCGCGACAUGCUACAUGAAAUGUCUAAGGGACGAGAGAUUAUAUAA